GAACCACUGUUAGGAUUUAUAUUUUCGCAUAAUGAGCACACAACGAGUUGCCAGUAGACUUUUUCAGAAAGUUUCCAUGCCUAAACAACACAGCACAAUUAGUGUACGAACGAUGGCGCUUGUCAAUUACCCCGUCGAGGCCGCGCCCCCCUCUUCAGGGAUGAUGAACGCGUGGCGAACAUUACAACAGGACAGUUGGGUCACCACUCAAGGUCAUGCGAAACCACAAAUAUUGGAUACGUUCAGCCAGUUCAGCACAUGUGGGAAAAGUGUUCUAGGAACGAGAUAUCUUGGUGAGCUUGAAAAUAUUCCUAGUUUUGAGAAAGAGCAAUCAAUUGUUCAACCAAUUUUCAGAAAUUUGUCAUUUAAAUGUGAGACUUUUCUCACAAGAAAUUAUUUCAGCAUUUAGACAACCAUUCAAUGUCUCUCUGGUAUGGCAUACCACAGAAGUUAUCGCCCCUGACACGCGCCAAAGUCACAGUGUUAAAACUAUGAUAAAGAUAUAACGCGUCAACAUUGGACGAUUAAGACGAGGUACCAAUACGGAUUACAAGUCGUCGUGAACAGAAAGUGUUCGAAUUUUUCAAUGAUUCGGGCAGCUUUUAUAUCACAGGUGUUCAAAUUCUUUCAAACGCUUGGCCGCUCGAAUGGCUGUCAACCCUAAUGUGUUCAAACCGUGGCAAACAUUUCGAUGAUUUCGACUUGCUAUCGACAUCCACAGACUGACGACAGUAAAGGUCAGUGACAACCUCAAACAGUUGUGAAUUUAACUAAGGAUUUUUAUUUUGUUGUCAGCGACUUAACAACGACCACAAGGUGUGGUAUGUAGUUGUGGGAUUUAUACAUUGUAGAUUGACUGUUUUAACUUCCGUGAUGAACUUGGAGUAUAGAUCCGAGUCAACACUUGUAUGAAGCCGUUUGUAUAAACACAGUUGUGUAUCAUGCAUUUAAAUUAAAAAUCUGUUAUGUUUUAUGUGUAUGUUGAUGACUUUCGGUUUUUUCACCCGGUGUAUGUUGAUGACGUUCGGUUUUAUGUGUAUGUUGAAUGACAUUCGGUUUUAUGUGUAUGUUGAUGACAUUCGGUUUUAUGUGUAUGUUGAUGACGUUCGUUUUUAUGUGUAUGUUGAUGACGUCGUUCGGUUUUAUGUGUAUGUUGAUGACGUCGUUCGGUUUUAUAUGUAUGUUGAUGACGUUCGGUUUUUAUGUGUAUG